CAAUCUAGUACCUAUAUAAUGUAAUACAAUAUAGUGCUUGUUUUUUUUUUAUACUUUUAAUCAAUCUGGUCCUAUCUCUAAUAUAGAGCACAAAUCAUAUGAUAUUUCUGUGUUUUUUUUAAAAUCCAAUAUAAAACGAAUACAACAUCGUUUGUUGAAAUUUCAUAUGAAAUUUGAAAAGUAGAUUAAAUACUGUCAGAGGAGAAUAUGUCAAAAAUGGCCUCAGAACAAUACUCGUGUGAGACCUAUUCAACUAUCAAUGGAUGAGCUGGUUCAUUUAACUUAGGGAAAUCAGGAUUUACAACCUACUAAAACGCAACAAAACAUGACUUCUCUGAUUUUCUUAUGGACUGUAAUUUUCAUAAUUUUUUCUUGUGGAUAGUAAUUUUCCACUAUUAUUCUAACCUGCAGAAGAAAUUAAAUAAAUCCCCAACCGUUGAGCUCUUUUCAUGCUCUCAUUAUAUAAACAGAACAAGCUCCCUUCUUUUUCACCCAUCAUCUUGGACAUUCACAAUAAAGCGUGAAACACCAAAUAAAAAAAAAUAAACAAUAAAAAUAAAAUAAAUAAAAGAAGAUGAAGCAUUGCGGUAGUACAACUACUCCGAUGAGAACAUUUCCGGCGAUGUUAUUUCUCCUGAUAGUUGUAUCCGCCACCGUGGUUGCAGCCCAACGUGGUGCGGGUCAACCCGGUAUGCCCGCACCCGGAGGUGGCGGGCCAGGUGGAGUGCUCGACGUUACAAAAUACGGUGCCGUUGCUGACGGGAAGACGGAUAUGUCUCCGGUUUUAUGUAAAGCAUGGGCUGACGCUUGCGGAUCAGCUGAGCCAUCCACCAUUUUAAUCCCGGCGGGGACAUUUCUGUGCGGGAAAACCGACUUGAAAGGCCCCUGUAAGUCUCCUCAGAUACAAAUCCAAGUAUUGGGAACCGUUACGGCCCCUAAUGAUGUCGCCGGCGAGUCAUGGUUCCUUUUCGACAACGUCAAUAACUUGAACAUCAACGGCAAUGGUGUAUUCGACGGCCAAGGCCCCGCCAUUUGGAAGACUGUCAAGUCCGUUGCCGUGACGUUGCGGUUCAACUACGUGACCAACGCCCUAAUUGAAGGCAUCACGAGCAAAGACAGCAAGAACUUCCAUUUCAUCGUGAUCGGAGGCAAGAACUUGACGUUUAGCCAUAUCACGAUCACUGCGGCGGGAGACAGCCCCAACACCGACGGAAUCCACAUGGGGAGAGCAGCUCAGAUCUCGAUCCUCGACUCCAACAUUGGUACCGGCGAUGAUUGCAUCUCCGUCGGAGAUGGAAUUUCGGACCUGACGGUGACGAACGUGACGUGCGGGCCCGGCCACGGUAUCGCCAUCGGCAGCCUUGGAAUGUACCCGAAUGAGUCGCCGGUCAAAGGAAUCCACGUCAAGAACUGUACGUUGACCAACACGUUGAAUGGCUUGAGGAUCAAGUCUUGGCCCGAUAGGGAGGUUUGUGAUGCGUCCGACAUCCAUUUCGAUGACAUCAUCAUGAACAACGUAUCUUUCCCUAUCAUCGUCGAUCAAGAUUAUUGCCCUUGGAAUACGUGCAAGAAUACGGGGCCAUCGAAAGUUUCGCUUUCGGAUAUCAGUUUUACCAACAUUGUGGGGACUUCAGGAACUCCAGAGAUUGUUCACUUGAACUGCAGCAGCCUCCAUCCAUGCCAGAAUGUGCAGCUAUCUAACAUCGACGUCAAGUCAACCGCUGGACCGGCGACAUCAGUGUGCUGCAACGUGAAGCCGACUAUUUCAGGAUCCAUCCCACCAGGAUGCUAAUUGUAAUAAGUUUUGUCUAACUCUUAUUCUUUUUUGUGAUUGUCAAUUUUCUAUUUUGGAAUUAUGAUGAACUAUAUACUUGUGUUACGUGAGUUGUAACCCAAAGCAUAUGUUAUUAUUAUGUAGUAUGUAACCCAACUAUAUAUUUUAUGUAACCCAUGGUAUCAAAUUUCUUGUAUUAAUUUAUGGAUUGAAUUUGGUGCGGUUCGAGUUUAAUUUGUAUUGGAUUUCGAUUGAAUGUUUUUAGAUCUUUAUUUGAAAUUGACGGACCGUAAAAUUGUUUGAAAUCGAGAUUAAAAUUGUUAAAAUCGAGAUUUUGAUGGGAUCUUACCGAUUUUGUUUUCCUAUUUGUGCUACCGCUUCUCUCCCUUACUCUGUUGAUCCAAAGGUUCUCGCGGUCGAUCACCUAUUUGACUUGAUGACUCUGAUGCCAUUUUGAAUUACUAAGAUGAUUGCUUAUCUCUCAAUAAUUUUCCUUAACUCAUCAAGGUGAAUGAAUUUUUCUACUGUUUAUGUUUUAUUGAAUCCAUAGUCUAGACAUUGUAGGUGAAUAUUAUUUAGGAAUCUUUCUGAUUUUUGUGUGGUUCUUUGAUAAGUUGAUAAUUCAUAAGUGAUCAUUUGGACAACUUUGUUCUUCAAAUACAUAAAUGGAAGUUUAAUUUAGUGCUAUUUUGGUAUGGGUUAGUAGAAAGUGUGUUACGGUCUGUUACGGGUUACUGCGAAUUCGAUAGACCGCAGUCCAGACCACUUCAGACCAUAAACUAAAGAAAGAGAACACAAACUAGAGCAAACCAUAGUUAUGGUUUCACGAUCCAAACCAUACAAUACGGUCUAUACCACGAUUUUCCACACGGUUUUGUCUAGAUUCUCAGCGCUACCGCAUCAAGCAAUAAAUACAUAAAUUGCACUCUAGGAUUUGGUAAAGACAAGCGUGCAACAAGUGGUUGUUCACUUGUUUGCAUGGUUAUUAUUUUCCUUUGGGUAGAAGAAGGUAGAUUUGAAAAGGAAGGACAACUUAUUGAUGGAAAGUGGGUGGGAUAAUCAUCUUGAAUGGUGGUGGUCUGGACUCUGGUGGAUAUGGUUUUUUCGUUUAUAGUCGAGAGAGGGAUAAGGAUUGAGGUUGUUGCUGGCCCAGAAGGGAUUGCUAAAGAAAUUAGCUAUGGCCUAUGGGCUUUUAGGUCUCUUUUCCAUUCUUAUUUUCUCGGCCCAAGAAUUCUAAACACAAUCCGCAGCGCGGCCCAUGAGAUUAGUCGUCCAUAAACUGCGAGGUGCGAUGCACCUGCACCGUCGUUUUUAAGCCAAUGAUUAAUCGGUCUCGUGGAAAAGCCAACUCUCAUUUUGUCACGCAAGUGGCGCUUUAACAAGUGUGAUAGUGUUAUUUGAUCGAUUUAAAACCCAAAAAUUAGCUACAAAACAGGGCAAAGCAAACAGAGGCUGGUUUAGUUUUCGGCCUUCCUUCCUGGCGGAAAACCUGAGGCGCCUACCGGCUACCGGUAAUUUCUUGAAGCCAAAACGGGUGAAUUGCAAAUUUGGUCAUUCAUAUUACCUAUCUGCUACACGUUAGCCACUCGAAUCACUUUCCUUUCAAUUUGGCCAUUGAUAUUACAUAUUUAUGUCAUUCUUGGUCACUCACUGUCUAGUUCCGUUAAUUCUGUCCUAGGUGACGGUCAACAGUUAUAUUUGACCGUUAAAAAGCUUAUGUGUCAGUUAAAACUAAUAAAAGUAUUUAUUUAUC